GCUUCUUCUAAACGACAGUCCAACUCCCCACCUCCUCCUGCUCACAGUGUAUAAUUUCGCUGAGAGAGUCAAGAUUUUUUUUUUUUAAUGCUGUCUUUCUGAUUAAUUCCCCUGGUCAAUACAAGAUUGGCUUUCUCUGGCUGCGUGAGACACACAGUGAGUUGUGCUGAGACAUCCCCAUUCCCUGCGCUGCUGAGGGAAAGGAGACAUACUCUACUUUAACUCUACAACAGAACAAGCCACCUCUUCCCUGCCACAAUGAUUGCCAGCACACAGCAGAACCUGGGGACAGACCUGGACAUGAGUCGCUCGGGGGCUCCACCACGUAACUGGCGUGGAAUUGGUCUGGCAAUGUUGGUGAUUGCAGUAGUUAUGUCCCUUGUGCUACUUUCCAUUUUCUUGCUGUCCCCAGAUAACCCAAAGCUGCCUGAGAAGUCUCCUCUGAUGCUCUCUGAUCUGGAAUAUUUUGAAGACCAAGCUGUUUUACGCCAGCUUUCAUGGGCAAGUGAUUCUGAAAUUAUUCUGGAGACCAGAGAUGGAAAUUUAAUUCAACAGAAUUUGGAAACAAAAAAGUCAAAUGUAUUACUUAAUAAUGUCACUUUUUUGGCUCUUCAGACAUCCCAUGCCAGACUGUCUGCAGAUCUUCAGAACUUGCUCCUGGCAUCCAAAAGCCAAAAGGUUGCUGGGGUGUCCCUCAUCGCUUCCUACAGCUUAUACAACAUAAGGAGCAGGCAUUUCUGGAAUAUCAGUCCACCUGGUAAAAAUGAGACCAUGCUGCAGUAUGCUGGCUGGGGACCUAAAGGGAGUCAGCUGGUGUUUGUCUUCAAUAAUGAUAUAUACUAUCAAGAGUCGGCUUUAGGUCCAAUGCUACGACUUACUUCAUUGGGGGAUUCAGAGAGUGUGCUGAAUGGUAUCGGUGACUGGACUUAUCAAGAGGAAGUUCUGCAUAGUUAUUCCACUCAUUGGUGGUCUCCUGAUGGGGCUAGGUUAGCCUAUCUUUCUAUCAACACUAGCCGCGUCCCUAACAUGGAGUUGCCACACUUUGUGGGCGCAGACUACCCAGCCAGUACACGUUAUGCCUACCCAAAGGCCGGACAGCCCAUUCCUGUAGUGAAAGUAUACAUUGUCAAUCUUUAUGGUCCAUCACACACUGUGGAGAUCCUUCGCCCCGACUCUUUUGAUUACAGGGAAUAUUACAUCACUCUGGUCAGCUGGGUGACAAACAUUCAGCUGGCUGUGCAAUGGCUCAAUCGUUCUCAGAACCUAUCAGUCCUCACCAUUUGUGAUGCGAUCACUGGGAUCUGUGUAGAGAAGCACAGAGCCUCAGCGGAUAUGUGGAUCAGUACCCAGGCCGUUCCUGUGUUCUCCACUGAUAACAUCUUUCUCUUGGUGCCAGCAAAGCCAGAUGGACAAGGGGAAUAUAUGCAUGUCGCUAUGUUAUCCACAGAGCUUGGUAGUAAGGACAGUUCUUUGCGUAUGCUGACAUCUGGUGACUGGGAUGUUACAAGGAUUGUGGCGUACAAUGAAGACAAUAAAACAGUUUAUUUCCUGAGCACUGAAGACAUGCCCAGGAGAAGACACUUGUAUAGUGUGGAGACUUCAGGAAUACUGAAUAGAACUUGUGUGACCUGUGACCUCAUUCCAGACUGCCAUUUUGUGGAUGUGGAAUUCAGCCCUAGAGGUGGCUACUUCAUCUUGUUCUGCAAAGGUCCAGGAAUUCCUCAGAUUUCUGUACAUUCAACCAACAAUCCUAAGGACUUCUUAUUGAUUGAGGACAACCAAGUCUUGAAAACGUAUCUCGGCACAAAAGACAUGCCAGAGACAAUGUACAGGACUGUUCAAAUUGAUGACUAUGACCUGUCCAUCCGUAUGACUCUUCCAUCAGGCUACCAGGAUGCUGAAUACCCUUUGGUUCUCUGGCUGCCGGAAGCCCCAGGCUCUCAGCAGGUCACAGAGAUAUUCUCUCUUGGGUGGGAAUCAGUGCUUGUAAGUUCUUUCCAGGUAAUUGUAGCGAAGAUUGAUGGUCGGGGGUCAAAGAAUCAAGGUCUGAAUAUGCUCCAUGGAACUGACCGAAAACUGGGUUCAGCUGAGAUUAAAGAUCACCUACCUCUGGUGCAACAUUUGAAACAUUUGCCAUUUGUGGACAAAAAACGCAUAGGAGUAUAUGGGAAGGCUUAUGGUGGCUUUCUGGCUCUGAAACUGUUGUCCUCUUCUGAAGAUCUAUUUGUAUGCGGUGCAGUUAUUGCUCCCAUCACCUCUUUCCAGCUACACUCUGCAGUACUUGCUGAGCGGUACCUGGGGAUGCCAUCACAAGAAGGAUCAUCUUACAUGAUGGCCUCUGUGUUAAAUGAUGUCCAGAGGUUACAGAGUCAGCAAUUUCUACUUGUUCAUGGGACUGCAGAUGCCAACGUGCAUUUCCAGCAUACCGCUGAACUACUAAAUCGCCUCAUCCAGGCUGGAGCCAAUGUCACCUCAAGGAUUUAUCCUGAUGAGGACCAUUUCUUCCUGUCAAAGGGUAGCCAACAGCACCUCCAUCAGUCUGUGAUUUCCUAUCUUCAGAGCUGUCUUCAGAAUGGUGGCACCAGGCAGAGAGACCUGUGACGGAGGUUCCUUGGCAACCUCAAUGAGAGCACAAAACGUGACGGUUUUGCCAUAGACAUACCUAUUCAUGGAUGUAUUUGGCUAUUCACACACAAGGCUUCCAUCAAAUCUACAAUUAUUGGGUGCUAUUACAAGCCAGUCAUAUGUUUCACAAUGACAAGUUCUGUCUGGGCAUGGUAUGCAUUCUAACAGUUGAAGUUCGAAGGCUUUGGCAGUCCAGAAAUUAAAAGAAGAAGAUACUGUACUAAUAAAUCUGCGCAAAUAUACCUCUGACUGCUACAGUAACAUAAAUAAGAUGCUAGAUAUAAGCACCUUUAUGUAACAUACAAGGAAAAUCUCCAUGCUUCUUGACACAUUUGGAUUGAAAAGCACUUUUAUUGUCUUUAAUUCAGACUGUAUUUUUUAGAUUGUUGAUUAGCUACACUGCCACCCAUUAUCUCCUCCAGUUCAUACUCUUAUCGCCGUGCAAACCUUGUACUACCAAUCAUUGGAACCAAUAUCCACCACUAGAGGGCAAUAGAACACUACAUUGAAUGACAUGGCAGAAGUUGAAGCUUAUUCUUUAUCUUUAUAACUUUGUUAAGUAGUGUUAAAAUGCACUUUGUACAAUAUACCAGACAUUCUGGCCAUUUCUGAUAAGUUUUCAUACCUGCAGGUGUUUUAAAUACGCCUGGUAGCAAGGCUGUAUUUAGACACCUUGUUGACCUAGACACAUAUGAAUAACUGAUGACACCAUUAUAUACAGGUCUUCCCCUUUUGUGUCAUGUGAUCUCUUUGUAAAAAAUAAAUAAAAA